CAGGUCCAAACACAAUGCAGUCCCAUGAAGUCCGAUUGGUUUUGUCUUUUUUGUUUUCAUGCGUUUCUUUUGGUUUCUGACUUGGGUUUAAUCCCUUAUCGAAUGGUUUUUGCCUUCACUCCAACUCACUUCACCGUCAUUCCACACCCAACCACCACCACCACCCUUCACCCCCUCACCCCUCACCACCACCACCAUCACCAUCACCAUCACCAUCCAUCGACAUCAUCCAAGCAAUCUCUAAAAGAGAAAAACAACAUACAUAGAGGAAAGCAAGGCCAACCGAUUGCACCUCUUCCUCAUCUCCAUCGAUCGAGAGUAUGUCGACCGGCCUACCCGAAUCGAGCGAGUCGGCUAACUCACUUGCUGCCAAGCUCAAACAACAACAAGCUGGUCUAAAAUCCAUCAGGGACAGACUCACCUUGCCCGAGAUCGAUUUCACCCUACACACACUCGAUGAUGGCUCGAUCGUCAGCACUCAGGAAAGAGUCGUCAAGGAGGUCCAAGCUCCUGCAUUCCUCAAACCAACCGAUGCCGAAUUCUUUAGUACCGUCGACCCUUCCAAACCUGAUGUUGCAUUCUUGAAGAACCAUUUCUACCGUGAAGGUCGAUUGACUGAGGAACAGGCUCUGUUCAUCUUGAAUAAGGCAUCCGAAGUCUUGAAAACUGAACCCAACUUACUCGAAGUCGAAGCUCCAAUCACCGUCUGCGGUGAUAUCCAUGGUCAAUACUUUGAUUUGAUGAAACUGUUUGAAGUUGGUGGUAAUCCGGCCGAAACGCGGUAUCUCUUCCUGGGCGAUUACGUCGAUCGCGGAUAUUUCUCAAUCGAAUGUGUUCUAUAUCUCUGGGCCCUAAAGAUUUGGUAUCCAGAUACCCUUUUCCUACUACGUGGUAAUCACGAAUGUCGACAUUUGACCGACUACUUCACAUUCAAACUCGAAUGCAAGCACAAGUACUCAGAGCGGGUCUAUGAUGCUUGCAUGGAGAGCUUCUGUUCUUUACCUCUCGCUGCCGUCAUGAACAAGCAGUUCCUCUGUAUCCAUGGUGGGCUUAGUCCCGAACUCCAAACCUUGGACGAUCUCAAGGGCGUCAAUCGCUUCCGUGAACCCCCAACCCAUGGCUUGAUGUGUGACAUCCUCUGGGCUGACCCAUUGGAAGAUUUUGGAAGCGAGAAAGCGGCCGAAGGGUUUGUCCACAAUCAUGUCAGAGGUUGUUCAUUCUUUUUCAGUUACCAAGCUGCCUGUGCUUUCCUAGAGAGGAACGGGCUUUUGUCCAUCAUUCGUGCACAUGAAGCCCAAGACGCCGGGUACCGCAUGUAUAAAAAAACGAAAACUACUGGCUUUCCAUCAGUAAUGACCAUCUUUUCAGCCCCCAACUACUUGGAUGUUUACAACAACAAAGCAGCCGUGUUGAAGUACGAGAAUAACGUCAUGAACAUUCGACAAUUCAAUUGCACACCCCAUCCUUACUGGUUACCUAACUUCAUGGAUGUCUUCACUUGGAGUCUUCCAUUCGUGGGCGAGAAAAUUACCGAUAUGUUAAUUGCGAUUCUGGGGAUUUGCACUAAGGAAGAGUUGGAUGAAGAAGAAGAAGAGCUGCCACUGGCUUCAGAGGAAGUUGAAUCUGAUCCAGAUUCGCCCUCGGCAGCUGCUUCAGCAGAACGGAGACAAGCGAUCAAGAACAAGAUUAUGGCCGUCGGAAAGAUGUCGAGAGUGUUUGCAGUCUUACGAGAGGAAGCCGAAGCGGUAUCCGAAUUGAAAUCAACGACUGCACAAGCCAAGUUACCUUAUGGAGCUUUGGCAAAUGGAGCCGAUGGAAUCAAAGAGAAUAUUCUCAAAGCAGGCUUCGACCAAGCACGUAAAUCGGAUAUCGAGAAUGAACAUCUACCUCCAGAGUUGAUCGAUGCGGCCGAUGUUGAAGGGUUUGAGGAGUUUGCCGAAUCGAGGAGUCCAGGUGCGGCGGAUGCGGGAGAGACAAACCGAUCUCGCUCACGAUCGGGCACGCUGAACUCGUUAGCCGGCUCGGGUGAUGGUCGAAUGCCGUUUGGAGACUACGCCUCUGGCAAUUCCUCGGUGCCCACUAGUCCAGCCUUACCCGGCACACCCGAUCGGCCCACGAUCGGCUCGGCCAGUGGGACGCCAGUCGGCGAAGGCCUCGGCUUCUCCCCCACCACUCCCGGUGGAAGCCCGAAAUUCAAACGCGGUCAUGCUAGGCGAGGUAGCUUGGGUACUACUAUGACCAGUCCUUCAACUCGUCGCAGAAGCUUGGAAAAUACAAUUAGCAUGAUCAAAGAAGCAAUGGAAGGACAAGCGGAUCCGGAAAUGGAAGAUUUGGCGGAUGCGGUCGCGCAGAACGCCUCCCAUGCCCGACGUCAUUCUCGGUCUUCUUCUGGAUCUGGAUCAGCUUCUUGAACAGGAAAAACCAAAAAAAGUCUGAAACUGAUCUCAUGUUGGUGACAAAACUUUUUCUAAUCCUCUCCGCCAAGAGUCAUUCAUUUCACUUCUUUUUGUUCACUCAGAGAUGAAACUUCCUUUAAUGGUUCUCCUUGUUUUAACUUAUCAACUCUUUUUCUUUUCUUCAUGAUGAUGAUGAUGAUGAUGAUUCUAUUUUUAUUGUUGAUUUCAGAUUUAUUUCUCAUACAUUAUAAGAUCUUUCUCUCUCUUUAUUUCAUUUCAUUUCAUUUUUCUUUUCUAUUGUGUGAGUGAGUUAGUGUUUGUUGAUUUGGUUGUGUUGUGAAGAGUGAUGUGUGAUGUGUAGUGAAAGAUCAUAAAGAAUUUCAUAAAUUCAAACAACUAAACAACUCAAGACAAGUUUUCUAUUUGUUUUGUUUUUUUUUGUCUCCCUUUUUUUGUGCUUGUCUUGUUUAGUACUGGAGCAUAUCAUCCACUUUUCACUUUCAUUUGCACACCCUCAAAGACUUUUUUUUGUCUUAUUAUUUCAAUCAUCUACUGAUAUAACUUCAAUUUCAUAAAUUUCUUUGUUCUUUUUACACAAACAUUCUUGACUUUUUCUCUUCUGUCUCUUUGAGUCUUUCCCCCUGUCUCCUUUUCUCUUCCUUCUUCCUUCUUCCUUUUGUUUUGGUUUUGUGUUGUGGGUGGAUUGAUUGAUUGAUUGAUCAAUUGAUUGAUGUUGACUGACCAAUGUAAAAAAAAAUGUGUUUAUUAUGUUGUUUAUAACACUUACAUUACAAAUGAACUUUUUUUAUUUUCAAAAACCAAAAAAUAAACUUUGCCAGGCAGUGACAAAGAAUGACAUUUGACUGUUUUUGUUUGUUUCUGGAUUUCUUAUCUCAGCUUUCCACAUAUGGCUUCU